GACAACAUAAACCGCGUAUUCGUCGUAGGAUGUUCUAGCAAUGGAGCAUUUGAAGGUUUCUGAACCACGAAAUUGGCGGGUAUUAUUCAAAUACAUUCGGAGCAACCUAAUAAAGUUGAAAUUAAUCAAACACCGUCAAACUUCGCGUCUUUCAAUCUGGUUCGGAAAUUUCUACAUUUUCGUAUACGUUAACCACUUUUAGUACUGUCGGAACAUACAUCAACUCCAGACAGUGAAGAUCACACAUACCUACGGUUACAGUCCCUCUCCUUAACCACCGCCGACAUUACCAGACACAAAUCAACCCGAGACAACGGAAACCAAUCGUUCAUCGUGGAUUGUUCUAACAAUCUAGCAUCGGGAAGUCUCUCGGGCGCGAAAUUGACUCGCGUUACACAAAUACGCGCAGGUAACAACCGGACGAAAUUAAAAUCAAUCAAUCACUGGCAAACCCGACUCGACCCUAACGAUCUCCCCGUCGGAAAGGUUCCUCAAACAUCGUCGAAAGAUCAGGUCGCGGCCACCCGGAAGCGGGUGGCAACGUCUCAGAAAUUCACGGUCCGCGUCGACAGACAAAGGCGGAGGUUCGCAGAUAUCGGGAGGGAAAAAAAGAAGAAGGAAAGCCAUCCAGCCCCGUCGUAGUCGACGGAAUAUCUCUCCCGUAGGAGCGGGUGAGAGGCUCUCCACACACGUGUCUGCCCUUCCUGCGUCACACGUUUUCCCCGAUACUCGGCCGCGUAGCGCAAUCUCCAAUUCGUCGUUCGCGGCAUCGGUGUUUCUCGUUCCCGUGUGGGUGUGCACGUUACAGACGGGAUCCGUCGGGAGGGCGCAUGUCUGACCGACGACGGCUAGGAGGGCGCGAGCAAGAGGGUAAACGCGAGGGUUAGAGGAAGACGAGAGCCCAGUGUUAACCCCCACUUUGCCUCUCGCGGCAUCCGGCACUGCCGAGCCCUGGUCACUAGUCCGACCAGUCUACCCUGUCACGGCAUUCUACGCGUACUCGUUCGUCGGGACUCCUCUUGGUCGCUCUUCUCGUGAUCGAUUGCAAAAACAAAUAAAACGAACGGAAAAAAAUAAUAAGAAGAGAAGAAACGGCCGAGAUCACGUUCGGGCGCGUCGCGUGGUCGGCGUCGCGAUCGAGACGAUAAACGCCGCGAUACGGUCCGCGUGCACGCUCCGCGAGGACGGAGGCCGUUGAUCGGCGAUCGUUUCGUCGGAUCGACGGUAUUCCCGUCGGCGCGACGAUGCUCGUCUAGGAGGAGCUACUAGUCGCUCGCGUGGGAAGUCGACUCGCGACUCCCAUUAACGCUGAACGUCGAAAUCUCAUCCCAACACCGUCGAAGCUGCUGUUAGACAGCGAAGCUAAUCCUAGAUUCGGAAGGUAGCAGUCGGAGUCACUUUCUAUCAAAUCCUAUCAAAUCUUAUCAAAUCUUUCGAAGGAAAAAAUCGUCCUGCGUUGAAACGUUUGGAAUGCGUUUCAGUUUCCCUUUAAGGUUCGGUAGCACGCGGCUGGAUCGAAUCGAAGGUAGCCAGCCGGCGUCCGAGAAACCUUGACGGCAGUGAUAUGGAGAUCACCUGAGACCACCACGUUCGACGUAGCCUGUCCAUCGUCGGAAUUUUAUGGGAUUUCGAUCGACGUGAUUACCGCGCGUCGCUGAGAAAUUAAGUUACCGGUGCUGGAAGCUCGAUCGAUGCUGGUAGUUGCUCGAGAGUAGAGUGUCACGACGCGCGAGAGGGAGAAGUGGUCGCGAAGAAAGUGAGGCAAAAGUUCGUCGAGGUGUUCGACGACCUCACGUGCGUCGAGGUUCGCCGAGGUCGUCGACGGUUCCUGGUGGACGCGUGACCUUCGACUAUGGUUCACGCGUCGAUGACCAACGCGCUCGAUCCUGGUCUGUCGAACCUGGAACACUCGAGGAUCGUAUCGAUCGAGAUCCUCUGUCGCGAUUUCAGAAGAGAUUAACGGGAGCGUCGAGGGUUCCGUUAGAUAUCGGGAACAAACUCGUGAGUGGUUGGUUCUAAACGUUCGACGAAAGCGGGAGAGGGUUAGGACUUCGAGAACGACCCGGUUAGCUUCCCAAAGGCUAAUUGGCGUCACUUAUCUUUCAGACCAGAGAGCCGUACAACGGGGUGGUUCGAGCUUUCGAAGUUUGCCCUUGUAUCAGAGGCUGAUCAGCUCUCGCGUGCGUUCCAUUUGAUCCACGUAUCAGUCUCUGGCCAUCGGAUGCUGUGUACACGGACAGAGUGGAUACAUUUCGACCAUUAACGCGCCGGAUUCGUUUAGCAUCGCGCGCCGGAGAUUCGGGGAAUAAUCCCUUUGACUUCAAAGACACCUGGACCGGAGCGGAGUAAUCAGCGCGUCCUUGUGCCAAUUUGUACAUGCUUGAUUCGAGUGUCGAGGGAAUGGACGUUUGACUUGUCUCCUUUGAAGGGUUUGAAGUCGAGGAGAGUAAUCGUUGCGGUAUCGAGCUUCUAAUUGUUUAUUAUCUGUGAGAUUUAACCAAAACACCUGAAGCAAACGCUAAUGGAUAUACGGAUCGAUUUGGUUUCGUAAUAUCGAAAAACCCGGCAUGGUGACAUUAUCCAAGACUUAAGUGCGGAUGAAAACUGUUGACCACUGAAACAUUCAGAAGUAGUUGUUUAUUAUAAGAUCGGUUGUUUUUGAAGAAGUCGGAGUCAAGGAAAACAAUCGUCACAGCGUGGAACAUUCGUUUGAACUGUUUAUUCCCUGUGUCUAUAGACGACCACUAAAAAAUAUCCAGAAAUGUCUGUUCGUUAUAAAACUGGUCGCCUUUGAAGUACUCUAAGAGAAUAAUCGUCACGACCGUUUAUUACCCGUAAGACGUAACCAAGACACCCUGAAGCACACGUUAACGAAUAACCGAAUUGAUCUGGUUUCGUAAUAUCGAACCAUUCAGCUGACGUUGUCCAAGCCUCUAUAUAAAAACUGUUACAGAAGAUCACUGAAACACCCAGAAGUAUCCGUUUACAACGAGUUGCCCUUGAAAGAAGAUCUCGCGGUGUUCCCACGUGUGUAAACGUCUCCAACCGUGGCGAGAUUACAUCGAGGCGAAGCCGACGAUUAAGGGGAAUAGCUGGGAAUAAAGCUCAUCUUCUAGCGCGGGCGGAGGCAGCGCGUUUAAUUCGAGAAAGUGCGUUCAUCGGAAGCGGUGACGAGGAAAUUCCGUCGAGUUGGAAAAGGAGCGGUUCGAGGACGUCGUUUCCACGUGGCUAUGUCCCGGAUCGGAAUGUAAUUUCAAACGAUAGAUCCCCGACACCGUCGAAGGUGGACUACGCGAGACCUUGCGACUCGGUGUUUGCGUCACGGUCCCAGGAUUACAGACAUUGAUCGAGCUACGUAAACAGAGUUGAAGUGACUCCGGUAACUCCGGAUAUUCGAGACGAAGCGAGCCAUCGCGACGGUAGUUUUUCAUUAACUGCGACGGAGAUUCCUUACGGUAGUAAAGAGGCGAAAAUUGAACUCCUCUUGGGCGGUGAAACUCUAACAGACACCUCAUGCUAUUUUAAUAUUAUUCCGAAACAGGGUAGCUCGGUCGUGUUUCUUAAAAGAUCGUUUUAGGAACGGAUCAAGCAGUAGACAAUCACGGAUGUCCGAUUCGCGACAUCUCUGUAACCCAACGAGAGACCAAUCGUGAAGUAUACCGAAUCCUCUCCGAAUUCCACCGCAAGCAAUCCCAGCGGAAAAUUGAAACGGGAUCGAGCUUGGCGCAAGGGAAGAAUUGGUUCCAGCAUAUCUCGCGACGUCCCCGAUCUCCAGCCGAAGGAUCUCGCUAAAUCGAAGGCGUGGCAAGCCCGAUAACGAGCGUUGAGGUCACUUAUGAUGGGCUGCAGACCGGCAGCUAAGUCGAAGGUGGAGGAAGGGUGCGGUCGCGGGGAGUCCGAGGCGGUUUCCUCGUCGCCUAGGUGUACCGAGGUCAUCGAGCUUCCCAGCGAGACGACGAUCAUUCAGAAGAGAGAGGAUCGGGGUUCGAGUAGCGCAGGUGACACGGAGGAGGAGGAAGAGGAGGGAGAGCUGACAAGGGAACGAUCGCAGUGGACGUGGUACGAGUUAUCCGUCGACGGAGACGCGUCAAACUUCAGAUAGCUGCCAAGUGAGGAUGCAGAGGCUGCGCUCGACCUUCAAGAGGUCGCGCACCCCGACGGGAGCCGAGAUGAAGUCGCAGUCGAGCCUCGAGGUACCCAAGCAGGUCAGAUCGGCUUCGUUCGACGAGAUCCAAUUGGAAGCGAAGCGCCAAGACGAUGUACGGGACGCCAGGUCCACCAGGACGACCUCUUCGUCGUCUUCCUCCUGUUCGCCGGCUAGAUCGCAGGACUCUUCGCGCGGGAAACGAUCCGCGACGCUUAGGGUGCCACAGUUGCAGAGCGGUCAACGAUCAAAGAGCUUCGACGUCUGCGAGAGAAGUUAUGGCUCGUCCUCCAGCCAACAAUCCCUCAGCAGCGUCCGACGCCCGGAGACGCCGACUAUUCAGGUCUCCGGUUGUUAUCACUGUGCCUGCGUCGAGGAGUACAAGAGCCUCUACUCCAGCAGGGACGACGACGACCCCUCGUCCAGGGAGGACGAGGUGGCCGAGGACGCGGAUGACACCUCGGACGACGAGGACUCCGAGUUGGAUCCCAAGAGCGAGGGUAGCCCUGAGAUCAGAGUCACCCUGAUGACGUUUCCUGAAAAAGAGCCGGAGGUUCGGAACACGGAACCUCCUGCUGUAACGGAAGUCGUUCACCAAGUCGUCCCUCAAGUCGUACAGGAGGAGAACGUCGAUAGCAGAGAGUUCACGGGUGGGUUAUUUCCGGAGAGACAACGCAGAAGGUCGAUCGCCUCCCCUAAGUUGUCGCGACAGGAGGCCCUGACCUCGUAUCCCGUCGAGCUGCCCACGCUGGUCAGCUCGACGGAGGAAGAGGAGAAACCAGACGACGACGACGACGACGACGACGAAGAUGAUAAUCUUGGGGCCAGCAAGUGCAAGUUCGUCGUCAGGGACAUCUUCCUGACGGUCCCCGAGCUUAAGAGAGACCGAGCAGCCUCCGUGGACUCCUGCUUCAACAACAAGAAUGGGAACGUGGAGGACGCGGACACCUUGGCUGUACCUCAGCAGAGUAUACGCUCGAAGAGCGUCGAUAUCGUUCUGCCCACCGAGGCGCAGACGAGGUACACUGCUCUGCUGCCUGGCACCGAGGCUCGACCUACAAGAGGAGGGAGAGAAGAGGGAGGGACGAGUGGCGGCCACCGUGAACCUCGAUCCACGCCCGAUUGGGGUCCUGGUGCAAUUAAUGGGGAACAUCUUUGGGUACCGACGUCAGCUUCUGGUGACUUCUGUUACGUCAACGAUUGCUCGAAACAUGGGCCACGGAUGAAAUGCGCCGCUUGUCGGGUGGUGGCACACGCGGUGUGCGCGACCAGUCUCAAUUUCGCCUGUAAAUCGAGCUUCCGCGACGUGGGUGUCCGACAGUAUCGCGAGCAGACGAACACGCACCACCACUGGGUCCAUCGGCGUUCGCAAAAGGGGAAAUGUGGUAAUUGCGGGAAAUCGUUCCAAUCGAAGCUGAGCUUCACCUCCAAAGAGAUCGUCGCCGUGAGCUGCAGCUGGUGCAAGGCAGCCUUUCACAACAAAGAAGCAUGUUUCAAUGUUCAGAAGAUCGGCGAGAACUGCGAGCUGGGUUGUCACUCGUCCAUAAUCGUGCCACCAUCUUGGAUCGUCAAGCUGCCACGGAAGGGUAGCUUCAAGAGCAGCCUAAGGAAAUCCCCGCGCAAGAAGAAGUCUGGCGAGAGGAAGAAGUCGAAGGACAAGGACAAGGACAAGGAGCAGGAUAAAGACCAGGGAAGGCUGUGGGUGGUGAAACCGAUACCGACCCCUUCCGUGAAGCCGGUGUUGGUGUUCAUCAACCCAAAAUCGGGCGGUAAUCAAGGGGCGAAGCUGCUGCAGAAAUUCCAGUGGCUCUUGAACCCGAGACAGGUCUUCGAUCUGACGCAGGGUGGACCCAAAAUGGGCCUGGAAUUAUUCAAGUCGGUUCCUAAUCUUCGAGUUCUCGCGUGUGGUGGUGACGGUACUGUCGGUUGGGUGCUGUCAAUCCUGGAUCAGAUCGGCGCCACUCCGCCUCCGGCAGUCGGUGUCCUUCCACUUGGCACUGGAAACGAUUUGGCAAGAGCUUUGGGAUGGGGAGGUGGUUACACAGACGAGCCAAUCGGAAAGAUUCUGUCGAAUAUAGGAGAAAGCGACACCACGCUACUGGACAGAUGGCAGCUGGUCGUCGAGAGGAAUCCCGAUGCCCAGGGCGACGAGGACAACGGCAAGGGCAAAGAGAAUCUACCUCUGAAUGUCGUUAAUAAUUACUUCUCCCUGGGCGUGGAUGCUUACAUCGCCCUCGAAUUUCACGAGGCCCGAGAGGCGCAUCCAGAAAGGUUCAACUCGCGACUGCGAAACAAGAUGUAUUACGGUCAGAUGGGCGGCAAGGAUCUCGUUAGACGAAAAUGGAAGGACCUCUCGGAAUUCGUAACGUUGGAUUGCGAUGGCCAGGACAUGACGCCGAAAUUGAAGGAGCAUCGUGUUCACGCCAUAGUCUUCUUGAACAUCGCCUCGUACGGUGGUGGUACGCAUCCUUGGGGUGCUGCGAGUGGAACCAAGGAACCAUCGACGGAGGAUGGACUGAUCGAGGUGGUUGGUUUAACUACCUACCAGCUGCCACUCCUUCAAGCAGGUGGACAUGGCACCUGCAUAGCUCAAUGCAGCACGGCUAAGCUAGUUACCACGAGGACCAUUCCAAUGCAGGUCGACGGUGAAGCCUGUCGCCUGUUGCCAUCCAUCAUCGAGAUGAAACUGUUGAACAAGGCUACCAUGUUGGCGAAACGAAGGAACGCCGGCAAGUCGCACCGCGACGUCGUUCAGUUGGAGAGAUUGAAAUUGCCAGUGAUGAAGAUAAAGAUGCCCGACUACGAAAGGUAUCAUCACGACAAAGACAUGCUGAAGAAGUCCGCGACAACGUGGAUAGCGGAUCCGCUCGAUCUCGACGCCACCACGGAUCUGGAGUCGCUAAGGAAGAUCCUGGCGAAGGACUACAACAUGGACACUUGUUGCUUCCUCGACUCGUGCACCGCGGAGCGAUUCUUCAGGAUCGACAGGGCUCAGGAGCAGCUCCAUUACGUCACGGAUGUCGCCGUGGACGCGGUGUACGUUCUUGACGAGACAGCGGCCAAUCAAUCAUCUGGCGAACCCGAGGGAAAGCUUUCUCCAAACCAAGAAACGAAACCAGUUCAAUCGUCGCCCAGCGAAGAACGACCAAAGACAAACGCAGCCAUGACAGAAGACCCGGUCAGAGAAGAACCAGCUAAAAAAGAACCAGUUAAAGAUGAGCCGAAGGCGCAACCAAUUACGGUACCGGAGAACGCAGCGCCGAAGACUCAGGACUCCGCCAAAUCUCAGGGAUCGAUGAGCAGAAGCACACCUCAUACCGAAACGAAUAAUGCAAGGAACGGGGAAAGAGUCUCGGUUAACGAGAACAUAGUAACUGGAGCCCCUGUUAAGCAAAGUAGUUCCUCGAAAUCGAUCUCUGCGACGGCUGUUGCUCAGUCGCAACAUCGGGCACCAUUCACCUUCAUUAGUCCACGAGAUAGGCUUUUCGGUCUGAGUUCUGAAGUCCACACCUUUAGCACGGGAUUACUUGAAAAAACCAGCGACAGCAUCUUGAAAGCGGCGAAGAUUGGCGAUUUUCAGGCUAUAAAGGAUCUCCACGGGAAAGGAUAUUCACUUUUGUCUAUCGACGCCACUGGUCAAACUGCUCUUCAUUUGGCAGCGAGGCACGGUCACAGGGACAUCGUCAGGUAUCUCAUUGCUUGCGCGCCAUCGACCAUCCUCAAUAUGAUUGACAACGACAAAGGUCAGACCGCUUUGCACAAAGCGGCUCAAUAUAAGCGUCGUUCCAUUUGCUGCAUGUUGGUAGCAGGCGGUGCUACUUUAACCAUUGCGGACCGCAACGGCCACACGCCUCGUGAUCUUGCUCUGCAAGCGGAGGACCGUGACCUCGCAGCAUAUUUAUAUAGUCAAGAGCAGUUUCAGCUGACAACGGAAGAAAUGGAGAAUGCCCUUUGACCUCGGAUCGUAAUUGGGUGGGCCUGAGCCGACCCUAGGUGAAUCUGUCGUCGAUGGAAUCCAGAUGAAUCCUAAGCCGUUCGACGAUCCAAGAUCGCCGCUUAAAUCGCGCGUAUUUUAUCAUAGAUCUCGCGUAAGUCGCAACACGUGAUAAAUCGAUAUUCUUCUUCGACAAUUUAGGGUAAUGCGUUAUUCUACCAGGUGCUCUCCAGAAAAGACAAAUCCUUUUUUUUCUCAUCGAAAAUCUCGUGAUCGCUUUCAACGAGUGUUAAUAAUACGUUAACAUGUUACGCUUGGUCCUCAAGGACCAGGAGGAGUUUUUUGUUUAGGCUACGCCCGUCAUGCCAGUUUCUCUGCACCCGUAGCCGAAAAGAAAAGAGUAUUGCUUAUCAUACUUAAACAAUCUACUUGUGAACAAUCAUAAUUUUGAUAAUCAAGGUUUAAAGCUGCCAACAAAACCUUACUUGGCUGCAAUGAAAUAUUUGCCAAAGAAAUCUUCACCUUUCUCUAUUUGAUAGAUUGUCUUAGCAAUUAUCGUUGAAUUAUUGCAUUCAACAUUUAUUUGAAUUCCACAAGAGCUGAUGUCUCUAGAAGCAAAGAUUCAGCCACGUCAGAAGUUGGUGCGAUGGCGCCAAUCAUAUAUAUAUAUAUAUAAAGGUGAAGAUUUCUUUGGCAAAUAUAUAUAUAUAUUUUUUUUUCUGGGAGAAAGGAAAAACGAAGUUCAGUAGUAUUCAGGGAGUUGGACAGAAUGUUAGCUUUUAUUCCAGUUACUAUUGUUCGAAUUCGACGAUUGUUAGAGUUAGGAUUUAUUCUUCGAACGUAGUGCGUUAUUCGUUGGGUAGACGGUAUCGUUAACCCUUUGCAGAUGAUGCAGACGCUUAAUGGGGUUGUUAUAGUACUAUUGCUAGGAAAACAGAUUGUUUUAAAGAAUUUUUAUUUCGCGCAACAAAUAAUUGGGGAAUAUCAAUGUUUUUACACAUAAUGAUAGACAUGUUACAUAAAAAUAUACGUAAUGUAUGUAGAAUAUAUUCUACUAUUUCAUUUAAUAAUAUUAAUAUUUCGUUCGACAUGAGAUCAUGUAGAAUAACAUCUUUAUAUAUAAAAACAUUGAUAUUCCACAAUUAAUUGUUAUGUGAGAUAAAAAUUUCUUUAAAAUAAUCCUUUUUUUCUUUGCUGCUAAUUAAUGUGAAGUCUUCGCCCCAAAAAUGGUUGUCUGCAAGGGGUCGAAGCGUAAAGUUUUAUUCGAAUGACGACUCGAGUGGCUCGAAGAGCUGAGAAUCGAUCGUGCACGUGUUUCUUCGUUGAACGAAUCGAGUUGCAAUAAGUUCUAUCCGACUCUGCUGGCAUCCAAUGUAUUUCUAUCCACCCGUUGAAUUCUCCCCGCUUGUUCUAGGAUAUCUCGUUGCAUCGGAUACAUAUCUUUUUCUAUAAGUGUCGCGUUACAUAUACAUAUAUUAUACAUAUACAUAUAUUUUCUACGUACGGUUAAUACUGGUUAUAUAUUUAUUCUCUGUAAGGUGCAAGAAGUUUCUUCACGAUACUGUUUUUCUUGUCCGUGAACGCUCGUCGAACUUCUUUACACUGCUUGGACACAUAAACACACACAGGCACAGGUACAUACACGGAGACACGAAACGGAAGCAAAACAAAAUGCAAAAAGUAAGACAAAAAGAAUAUUCAUCGUUCGAAAUUUUAUUACUAAUGUCUCCAUCGUGACAAUCGAUCUUCCGCAUUUUUCCAAUUAUACUAACCCUCUGUUGGAGGAAUUGGAGGAAAUUUUGUAGCAUUUGAGCGCGAGAUCGUCUUAUUUAACUUAUUUAGAGUUAAUUAUUUAUUAAAGUGAGAAACACUGAAUUAAUUAACGAAUAUACAACCGACCAAAAGAUAAUUUUUUCUCCAAAAAUAAAAUUAAAUCCCACGCAAUAGAGGGUUAGAUUAGAAUUCAAAUUUGAUCAACACACUUUCCAACGCUAUGAAUAUCACCGAGGUAGCGUCGCAAAAAUAUCGAUUGCCAAAGCAGCGAUCCCUCCGCCCCCAAGAUAUCAAGCAGUCAUGUUCAUCUCGUAGGUACGUUAACUCAUUUCUGCGUUAAUCCUUUGACUUCGGGUCAAUUUUUGCUGGAAAUUCUAUGGAAUUUUAAGUGUCUCAUUGUUAUAUUUGAAACUAAACAUUCGAUGAAUAAACUGUAAACAUAAAGAAAGUUUCGUCUUAUCAUUCUCUAUAAGACGAUAUUUCUUAAAAAUUGUUAAAUUUAAACAUUUCAUCCAAUUUUUGUGGACGAAUAUAUAUGCCCUGGUCUGAGCCUAAUUUUCGAGGACGGAUAUAUACCCCUUUCACAGUCAAAGGGUUAACCAAUUGAGAUCGAUGAGGACGAGGAGAAAGAAACCACGGAAGCAGCGCGUUCGAAUGAAAGAGCGAAAGUGUGAACAAUUGAGAGCGAAACGUGAUAAAAAAAAAAAAUGGAGAAAGAGAAAAUUAUAUUACUCGGUACCAAAAUGAAAAAGGGGAUCAACGUACGAACACCAAUUAGCUCUUAAAGGACGGUCUAUCGUCACUAUUAUGAUACUGUUAAUUACACUUAGACUACUCUAAUUUUACUGUCGAAUUAUUAUAUUGUAUAAUGUACGUAUAGUACCCUUCUAAGUAUUCGUCCUGCGGGCAAGAGAAUUAUUCUGAAAAAGUACGGAGUCACGAUAAUAUACCUGUAGACGUCUACGAGGUAAGUUGUCCUCAUUGGACACGCGCGAACGUCUACUUUAAUAAUCGAUUCGAUUUUUAGCGAUGUAAAUAAAUUAAAUAACGAUGUUCAAGCGUGUCGGGGGACGAGUUUCUUAUUUUUAAGCACUCGCUGUCGUUGGAAUCUCUUUUCUGUGAUUUUUCGAGACUGUCCUCUUAAACUAAUCAUUAGUGGCGAUAUCGUGAUUAGUAAACGUGUAAAUCUUAAUAUUAGAAUUUAAUCAAGCCUUCUGCGAAUGUUGCCUGCAAAAUGAUCGAUUUCUUAUAGAAAGAAAUCCACUGUGAUGGUUAUGAUGUGAAUUUAUUUGAUUAAAUAUUCACUUACUUUGUUUAAAUACUUCUUCUAUCGAAUACAGAAGUUAGGAUAGUAUUAAUUAUAAUUAGGCUAAAAAAUACGCGAAUUCUUUUUAGAAUUAGUAAAGUGAACAUAUGCAAAUGGAGACAUACAAUUACACGUUUACUAGUUACUUUAUCUUUAUCAUUUAAGAAUCAUAAGUAUCUCAAGUAAUCUUUGAAAGUGUCAACAAUUGUACAGCUAUAUAAUUCUUCUCGAACGUGUGACUUCCUAAUCUUCGAAUUCACCCUAAGGUAUCGUCAACGAGGAGACAGUUUCAAAUAUUUACGAAACUAUUAAGAUGAAAAUGUGGGAGAAAUCGAAUCGAGCGGAUUGAAAAGUUCCCGCGCGUCUCUCUUCCUCGUGUGUCUCUAAUCCUCUUGUAAUUACUGAUAUUUUUAAGGAUCGUUAGCCUGAUAGAGAGGUUUAGCGACGAAGUAAUCGUACGUGUAUGUAUAAAUAGAUACAUCCGUAGAGUACAGGUAUUCGAUGACGAUGGCGGAAGUAAAAUGAAAAAAAAAAAAAAAAGAAAAACAAACGAAACCGAUUUAGAGAUGCCUUCGAGUGUAAGAUACCGUUGUUCUGAUUAUUUUUUAUAUGUAGAGAGUAUUAAUGGUAACGCCUUUGUAAUUCACCUGGGUGUCGCGAUGUUCAUUCGACGAAUAAACACCUCCGUUGUAUUUAAUGUCCCUAUUUAACGAAACGCCCGGUCGCGAGCGAUGUUAUUCGUCCAAUGAACGUCGCAACCGAUUUUUAGAGACCAGAACGAGAAGCCGGAGCAAUUAAAGACUUGAACAUUAGUUGAA